AUGUCCGCGAGUUCGUUGUUUGCAAAUGCCGUAAGGUCCAAGGAUUUGGGCAACCCAGUGAGGUCCGGUAAGUCGGCGGGCAAGAGUGCAGAGCCCGUAGUCCCAAAUAUUCCACGUGAACCAGAAAGCGCGGCUGUCGGAGACGUAGAGAUUAUGGCGGACUUCCUCAUCACCUUCAUCUUGGUCAUCUCCUUCAUCAUUGUCUCACUCAAUGGCGACGUCAAGCGGCUCGCCGGCGACGAUGAGGAUGGCUUCAUCUCGCCGUUUCCUGGCUCCACCGCCACCUUCUUUGCCUCUCUGUCGCAGGACAUCAUCUGCGAUUCUAGGAUCCCUCGGCUCGUCAACACCGCCGUGUGCCAGCCCUAUAUCCUGGGCUCAUCUCCCUCGAUUCCGUCUUUGACACACUCGCUGAUCCUUCCGGUAGUGUCAAUGCCUGUUAGGACGAGUUUGGCCAAUGAAGACUGGUCUGGUGCUAGCGUCAUCCCCGCCAUCAUGGUUACGCCAUCAGAAACUCUCGGCUUUGUCCCCACUACUGUCCUCGAGUCUCCAUCUUCCCGCAGCACCACGCCCAGCUCAGAUCGGUCCUCUAUCUCCCGAAUUCCUCGGCUCGUCAAGCGGUCUUCUGUUCAGAAUGAGGUAUUCACCUCCACUCCCCGUGGACGAGGCUCUGGUGCGCGUCGGGCCACAAGUCACACCCUCAAUACGUCGAUGCAAUCCCCAACUCCCAUCUUCACCCGGAUUUGUACCACCUCGCCAAAUCUGUCCCAGUCAGCCUCCCCUGCUCAAUCUCGUACUCCUCCUCCGCAUCUACAUCAUGGACCCUCUCCGACAUGGAACCCUCUGGACGGCUGUUACUCCCCCUGCGACCGCUGCAACCACCACCACCAUCUUGCCACCCCCCAUAUCUGUCGGAUCCAACAUCUCUCUUUGCAAUCUAGAAGCUCAAGCCCCUACAAAGACAACUCUCCCAACUCGAGCGGCAGCACCGGUGGAAGCACUUCGACAUACACCGACGCCAAUAACAGCAAAGACGUAUCCACGUCGUCGACCGUACUCACUGAUGAAGAGCCCAUCCCCGGGUUUGCUGACGUUGUGGACAAGAGUGACAGCGAGAUCAUGGAAAUGAUCUUGGUUGAGCGCGAAGCCUCCGCCUCUGGAUACCCUAAUGUCACCUCCGCCGAAGAGCAAGAAUUGCUGGCCCCGUCAGAGCCAUGGACGAUGCCCGAGGAUGGCUUCCUCUUCAGAGAUGUCAACCUCAUGAGCAUGGAUAGCAUCAUCGCCAAGCGGGACACCAUUCUUGACUGUCUCGCAAGUACUCAGAUCAAUGAUUCGCUUUUCAGCUCUGAUGACAAGUACGACUCUAAUUUUGAGGAGUCCGAGGAGGAAGGCGGUGUGGGCGAUGGCAGUGAUCUCAUCACGGAUACAGCCAAUGACGGCCAGCUGCUUCCAAUCAUCCUGGACAUCCUCGCUGUUCGGAAGGAGGCCAUCCAACACCGACGCAACACUCGUGCUGAGCUCGGAGUCUGCGCCCAGAGAGAGGCGGAGACAUAUGAAUACCCGAACUCUAGCUUGGGCUGCAAGUUUCAGCCGUGGCUUGCAGCCUUAUUGAGAGAGUCUUCAAGUAUUGUUCAGCAUCAGAGCAAAACCGCUACACGAAGAAAUGCACAAUACUGA